UUGUUAUUGAGCGGCGCGGCAACGGCCGAUUUCAAAUGUCAACCAGGUGCAAAGUGGCAAAGCGAAUAAAAACAUUCAAAACGGCGACUGCGCCCGCGAAUUUCAAGUGUUUUGUGAGAAAAAGAGUGCUAAAUCUGCAGAAGGAUAAUGUGAAAAGCGAAGCAAUUUGCAAGGCAAAACACUGCGCAAGGAUAUAGAGAAAUAAAAUGCCUUACGGACAUUGGUGAUAACUGCUGUGUCCUGUUUAGUCAGUGGCAGUUUUCAGUGGAUAUUCGUUGUGUCUGGGCGGUGUGGACUUUUGUAAAGUGUUUAAGUUUUAGUGGAAAGUUGUUUUUAAUAUAUUUAUACUUCAAUUGAAUAUUUAAAAAGUAUUGAAAUCUACAAAUAAAGAAAAAGCAAGGUGCUUACACCACAAAAAUUGCUGCAUUAAAAAUGAAAUAGUAGUGCAGUGCACGAAGUGAAUUACGGCUUGCUGAUUUGUUUGAAUUACUGCUUGUCUGGCUGCCUGCCUACCUGGCUUGGAAGUCUACAUGCUUAUCUACCUAAACAAUCUGAUUCACACUUUUAUCCUGUGGGAAUAAAAGAAAAUCUUCGCUGUGCGUCGCUUUGAAAACCUAUGCUGUAUGCAAAACCGGAGCAGCAACCUCCAUUGCUUGGGUAGAAAAAUUCAUGAAAAAUCGAUAUUCGCAAUAAAAACAAGACCAAGGGAAAAAAGGCAGCCGCACUCUGGCCAAAGUACAUACAUACCUAGUUGUUUGUGCCUUUCCGAUUGGAUGAAUGGACAAGCUUGCGGCGUUGCAUAGGCAAAUCCAGUAAGAAUAAACAACUACAUAUGUAUGUGCAUGUGUAUAUCUAAAAGCAUAAAAAAAUAUGCCAACUCCACCAUAAAAUUCAGUAAUUCUUUGUCUGAUUUUUCGUUUGGCGGCCUGUGUCCUAAAUUCCUUUGGUCGCGUGCUCAAUUUUGUGUAUUUUUGGAACUCCAUACACUUAAUACGUACAUUUGUAUGCCCAUACAUAUGUGUAAUAACCAUUAUAACUACUAACUGCCAUUGCUUGAAAGGAACUGUUAGCUAGGAUUUGGAAACUGUGACACUCAUACCUACCUAUACACUCUUGCCAAAAAUUUAAAACUGCCUCCUAAAUAGUACUUCUGUGUAUGCCCACAUUUUUGAUUUAGAUAUUCUUUUCGAAUGCUCCAAAUGAGUCAUGAGCACCGCGAGAAGUUUUUGAAUGCCUUAAAAAAUAAUUUUAUGAAUAAAAUUUAAUGGCAAAACGAAUAAACGAAUUUAAGUAAAUUUUAGUGUGUACUAAGAAAGUUUAACGUGGUUAUUUUCGGUUAAUAUUGCAUUCAAGUUAAAACUCACUAGCCGCCAGUAUUCCAACCAACAUGAAAACUCGUCUCGUUUCGUUAACCUACCGCGGCAGCGCUUCUGUAGAUCCGCGCUAUUCCGCUGCUAUGCUGCCAUGGACUAUCAAUGAUAUUCGCUCCACUGAGAGUUACUCGAAGCUGUCCGUUGGCAUCGAAAAUGGCAUACUCGAGUCGUACAACUCCGAUUUCGAAUUACAAUUCAGUCAUCCACUCAAGCAUAUUGUCGGCAUGUGCCGCAUCGUUCACAAGCAGAGCAACGCAAAAAGCGCCGGCAAUGGGUUUCUUCAAUUGAAGGCUUUCACUAACGGUGGCAAUAGCAGCAACAAUACGAAUGGUUUUAAGUCAAGCAAUACCACUGGUGGACCUCUGACCACCUCCACUUCGUAUGGUUCACUAUCUUCGAGUGCCGCACUGCGUGAAAGGGAACGCGAGCGCGAGCGCGAGCGGGAGAGUGCUAAUGGCGCAGAGGGUGGUGCAAAUGAUGCAGCGAAUGGUGGAAAUGCAAAUAAUUUCAUGGAAUUCCUUGGUCCCAUCACCGGACUGGUGUACUUGAUGAAGGAUCCACGCGAUCCGCUCUUACAUAUAUAUCUCUUCGAAUGUGAAGCUGUUGAGGAGAUGGCCGAACUCAUGCAUCAAAUGCGUGAUCCAGCGCAUACGCUAGGCGGCUCUGUGGGCAGCAUACCACAGACGUUUGUCGCCAAUGGCUCCAACAGCGACAUGUCCAUGCAGCGCGCGCUCACCGGCAAUGGCAACGGCGGCAUACACACCACACCGGCCACGAAUCUCAAACUUAGCGAAGCCGUACGCAAUGCUCAACACGAUGCUAGUCCCAAUAUCGUCUCAUCGAAGAUGAAAUCAUCUAAGUCAUACACGCAUGGCUUGAGCAAUUCAGCGGGCACAGUGCACAUUCCAACGUCUACCUCUGCGCAGAGCAAUCUCUCGCUACUUGCCGAUAUCUCACCCAAUCACACGCACUUCUUCGAGGUUAUGUAUGUAGGUAAAAUUCGUGUAUCGCACAAGCGUGUGCCCUUCUCUUUCAUCGAUGAUGCCUUGCCCAAGUUCAGGGCGUACGAUGCACAACGCACACGUCUAAUGCAGUUAACCACUGCCGCUUCAUCCUCAACUGUUGGCGCAACGUCACAAAUGGCAACAAAUCGUAAACUUUCAUUGAAUGUCGAGUGCACUAGCGGCAAUAAUAGCGCAAUAACUUUCGACCUUAAAAACACUUCGCUCAAGGAGAGCGAUGCUGAGGAGUCGACCGAAGCGGAAGUGGAUACGGAGGCAGAAGCUGAAGCUGAAGCUGAGACUGCAACGGAACGGAUUCAACCGCACGAUGCACCGUGCAGUCAGAGCGUAGAAGCGGCCAUUUCAGAAUUGGCAAUGCAAAAAAAUAGUGCACAACCGGCUGAGGAUGAGCAAAAAAUGUCGAACAAAGAAAAUAAAUCACCGAAACGUUUAAUGCGCGGCAUGAGUCACACGGAACUUCCUGUUAAGAAAGACAUCCCCAAGCAACGCGAUCGCUCUGCUUCGUAUGGCUGCAUUCCACCUUACGUGGAGCAGAAUCGUACUAUGGUCUUCCUCGUUGGCCGCUCCGAUCUACGUCUCAUUUCGCCGGAUCGAAAACAAGUGUUGCUCUACAAGGAUUUCAAAGACGUCGCCAGCUGUGCGCAGGGUCAAAAGAAUCCCGAUCACUUUGGCAUCAUUUGCCGUGAGGUGCACAACGACGGCUACAUUGGCUACGUCUUCAGAUGCCAAUCGGAUCAUGUGUGCGACGAUAUUGUUGCUGCCAUUUCGCAGGCAUUCGUAACAUGCGCCGAGCAAAAGAAAAAGGAGGCCACACAGAUCUUCUCGUGCGAGCACUGCCCCAUGCUGUGGUAUCACAAACUCUGCACCGAUGUUGAGGGCUUAAGUGAGAAGAAGACACAAGCGAUGAUCUUUCGACGCAUAGAAUCGCUGACCGAUGAUGAGCAGGACAUGAUUUGGGCCAAGUACUAUGGUUCGGAGAAGACAAGCUCACCUUUGGCGGAACAAAAUCAAUUUUUAAUGAUGCUACUGCGCGCUCAUUGUGAAUCGCGCCAACAGCGUCAUGUGCACGAUACCGCAGAGAAUCGUUCGGAAUUUCUGAAUCAAUAUUUAGGUGGUAGCACCAUUUUCAUGAAGGCCAAGCGCUCGCUUACCAACUCAUUCGAUCACUUGCUGAAGCGGAAGGCUUCGAAAGAUGACAUCGGCGGGCCGCAUGGUUUGCGGGACCUUCAGGUGCGCGAAGCUUCCACCGAACCACAACCGGUUAGUCGUAGUGGCAAUGAAACGCCACCAGAGGGAUUCCGCUCACGUUCGAAUACGAUUGGUGGCGCUAGUCCGAGCAAACCCAGCGCAGAGCACUUAAAGAGUCCCAUGAUGGACAUCUUUAUAAAAGUCGGCAAUAGUCCGAAAGAAUCGGAAGCGCAUCAAGCUUCUUGGCGUCACGCGAUUUUAAAUAGUGUGGUUACACCAUCGAAAGGCAUGGACGGUGAUGCACAGAAUGAAUUUAUGUCACCGAUGAGAAUCAAAAAACGCAUUCGUGGUAAACGCACCCGCGAGGAACUUCGCGAUCUCUGGAAGACCGCAAUUCGCCAGACCAUUCUCUUGAAUCGCAUGGAAACCGAAAAUGCUAUGUUGCAGGCGCGUCAAAACGAAAACGAGCUCAAACGUAUCAAACUCGACUAUGAAGAGAUUGUGCCAUGUGACAAGCAGUUAAUCGAGCGUUGGGAGCAGAUUAUUGAGCGCGACUCCAUGAAGAUCGGCAACAAGAAAGAUCCCAAAGUGUUGGCACAAGCAAUCAAAUGUGGCGUACCACGUUCGAAACGUGGCGAUGUUUGGACCUUUCUCGCCGAUCAGCAUUCCAUGAAUACAGCACCAGUGGACACUAAGAAAUUUCCCAAUUUCAAUACACCCUAUCACACAUUACUGAAGAAUCUCACUGAACAUCAGCAUGCCAUCUUCAUCGAUCUGGGUCGUACCUUCCCCAAUCACAAAUUCUAUAAAGAUCCACUCGGUUUGGGACAAUUGUCACUGUUCAAUUUGCUCAAAGCGUAUUCUAUACUCGAUCCAGAGCUUGGCUAUUGUCAGGGCUUGGGUUUUAUAUGCGGCAUACUGCUGUUGCAUUGCGAUGAGGCCGAUGCUUUCCAAUUGCUCAAACAUCUCAUGUUCAGACGUCAGAUGCGUACCAAAUAUUUACCAGAUAUGAAGAAGUUCCAACUGCAAUUGUAUCAGCUGUCACGUCUAGUCAAGGAUCACUUACCAGAAUUGUAUAUCUGGCUCGAUCAGAACGAUGUAUCGCCAACAUUAUAUGCGGCACCAUGGAUACUCACAGUUUUCAGCUCACAAUUCCCAUUGGGUUAUGUGGCACGCGUUUUCGAUUUGCUCUUCCUAGAAUCAUCGGAAGUGAUUUUUAAAUUUGCUAUCGCUUUGCUGACAGUACACAAAGAUGAAUUGCUGGCGCGUGACAACUUUGAGGAAAUUAUGGAUUAUUUGAAAACAGUUGUACCGAAAAUGGAAGCAAAUACAAUGGAGAAAAUUAUGAAAUUGGUAUUCACUUUGGACGUCAGCAAGCAACUAAUCGAAUAUAAUGUCGAAUAUAAUGUAUUACAAGAAGAGAUCUCAACUGCAAAUCACCACUUGGAGAUGUUGAAUAGAGAAAAAACACGGAAUAUGCAUCUAGAACAGCAGCUGCAGUUUGCUCAAUCGUCGAUCGCACAGCUCGAGAAGACUCGCUCUUCUCAACAAAGCCAAAUCACCUCACUGCAAACACAGGUGCAAUCGCUCGAACUAACAAUACAAACACUCGGCCACUUCGUCUCCCAACUGGCCGAACACAAUGUCGAACUGGAAUUGCCCGGCGAUGUGCGACGCAUCCUGCAACAAUUGGAGGACUUGGAACGUCAGCGUCGCAAACCACAUUUCACUGAGCGCAAAAUCGGCAAAUCCGUAUCGGUCAACAGUCAUUUGGGGUUUCCACUAAAGGUGUUAGAAGAGUUGAGCGAAAAAGAAGAACAUGGUUCGCCACAAAAGAAGAAGGAGAAGACACCUUUUUUUGAACAUACCUAUGAACAAUUGCGACAACAGCAACGCAACGCACAAACAUCACCAACAUCACAGGCGGCGGCUAUGCAACAACGAAAAUUGCUGAGCAGUGCUAGCAGUUCACUGGAUGACAGCCCACACCUCCAGCAACCACAAACGCAGCAGCCACAGCAGCAGCAACAACGGCCAAAUCGCCUACUCGACUCCCCGGAAAUGCAAUCCAAAUUGACCGAACUCAAACUGUCCGACCAGUUGGAGCAACAGUUUGGCAGUGCAAAUAUACGCAGCCCUCUGGAAGUUGACAGUGGUGUGGGUACACCACUCAGCCCGCCCAGCACUAGCAGCAAUAGUAGUACUAGCGGACUAAGCACAGCCUCUACGGGUAGUGGUAGUAGCGCUAGAAAUGGUGUCGGAGGCGGCGGCGACAGCCUCUUUAGUCGAAUGGGUUAUAAGAAUACACCGACAGCGCUGUCACCACUCAACUGCCGGCAAACUUUAUACGGUGCAGGAAGUAUAACGCGAGGCGCCAGCAAAGUGGUGCCCCCAGUUUCGAUUAUAGUGCCCACUGAGCAACCAGAGUCGGGUGCGGGUAAUACAGAAAUGCAUCCCCUAAGCAUGGUGGGUGAGGUGAAUGUGCGUUUUAAUGGCACAACCCAAUUGAAAUCGAUACGACCCGUGCAUCAUAUGCGCCCGAUGGUCCCAGUGGCAGCGGGUGUGGCGGAGACAGCUGCUAGUGCAGACGACAGCAGUGCGAGUGGUAAUAACCUUGAUACGUCGAAUGCAGCUGCCACAAAUGGUCGCAGCUAACGGUUUUGAUUCAUAGCGAAAUUUUUGCGUAGCUUCUAUUAAAGAUACAGAAUAAAAGAACAAAAUACAUAGCAAAUGGAAGAAACAAAAAUAGCGAAAAACAUAGAAAAAUAUAGCGAACGCUGCGGCGAGUUUUCGAUUCGAUUGAUGGCGGAAAGACUUGAAAUAUUCCAAAAACGGGCAAUAUUUUAGCCACGAGAUAAAAAAUGAUGCACAAAUGAAAAUUGGGAUUUUUACUUAGUAUUGAAGCUAGUUGCCGCAAAUUUUUUUUUCUAAGUAUCUUCAAUUCGAUUACUUCCAUUGCGGCUACUUGAAGAAAAUACUUUUGGAAAAGCGAUCUUUCGAAAUCGUGAAUAAUUGAAGGCUUAUUUACUUAAGGAAAAAUUCAUUAAUAAUUUUUUCCCGUUUUCGAAACGAAGACCACCGCAGUUAAGAGCAACAAAAAAAGUUAUUCAUGUGCAUGUGCUUAAGUAAUAGAAAUUUGCUGUGAUUGCUUGCAACUCAUCAGAAAAAAAAAUUUUAUGGAAAUGAAAAUGAGUAAAAGAAAACGCUACAAAAAUGCUUUUAAAUGCCGCUAUUAGAAUUGAUAACUUUAAUAAAAGCACCUACGCCACACAAUCGCUAUGCAACAUUACAACCACAACAAAAAUUAAGAACUAAAUUUACAAAAUAUGCAGAAACAUUUAAUGGCUAUGUGUGUAUGUAAGAAUUAAGAUUUGUACGGUGGGAUUUUGUUGUGCAACUUCAACAUGGACGAGUUAAAACUUUUCUAAAAACAUACAGAAUCGAAUGGAUGCUGGAAUACUCUCUAACACAAAUACUUUGUAGGUACAUUUUUUUUGUAUGUACAUAUGUAAUGUGUAGACAUAUUCUACAAGUAAAGAGAAGAGCAACAAUUGCUUUUCAAUUUUUUUAUAAUAGCGUAAAUGAUUCUUGCAACAAUCGAUUUUCGGAUCUUUUCCCGAUUCCGUAGAGUAUGAUGUACUGCCGAUCUACUCCAGCAGUCAGAUAUCAGACAUCCAUGCAAGGCAAUAAGUUAUUUCUACUUAAACGUUUGCUUUGAAAUCAGAAUUUUUUAAAAGCGUUGCGAAGCUAAGUGCAAAAGCUACUAUAGUUCAUGUUGCGCUGAUUUAUCACCCCAAACAUUUUAGUUUUUUGUGUGUAUUUAUGAAAAUUAUGUUCCACUUUUAAAGUUACACAACAAAUCCUUCAACUCUUCGGACAGUGUAUUGAGGCUAGUCAUUGUUGCUACACUGUAGAAUGGAAGCAGAAAAAUCAAUAGAUCUAAGUACAACAGAAUUCUUAGCCCUUCGCAGUUUUUUUUUUUUUAUUUAAUUGUCUACAAUUAUGAGAAUUUUUUAGGCAAACUAAAAUGAAAAUCGCUGUUGUCAUCUGAAAGGUAGUCAUUGUUGAAAUCUUUGUAUGUAUUUAUAGUACAUAAUAAUUGGUUAAUGUAGGCGAAAAUUUGGAAAUAAUAGCAGCUAAUUACAUAUACACACAUAUAUAUAUGUAUAUAUGCAUGUAAUUGAAUAUUAGUAAGUAGAAACCAUAUUUUUGCAAAUUUAGUCUUUUAAGCCCCAUUUUAUACGUGUCAAGAGAUGAGUUGAAUCCAUUCGUAAGCUCACUAACUUCUUCCAGACUAGUUCCCAAAUGAAAGUGCCGACUAAAUAAUACCCAUAGUAUUCAUCUAAACGGUUAUACGUCUCGUAACCGCGUAAACCUCUUAUAUUUUUUUACUAGACGAUUUUUCAUGCUAAAAGUUCACUGAAAGGCUCACCAUUGCCUGUAGAGGGGCGCACACGAUUGAGAUGUCGCGAUGACUAGAGAUAUCAGGCUUGGGGUCUAUCGAAUUUUAGUUCGAACCUUUAACGACUCGGUAUAACCUAGUUUGUUGUUGUUGUUGUUGUAGCGGCUACAACAACGCCGCCCAGAUCGAUUGAUAUCUCAGUCGUUGUCUUCGAGUUCCACUAACGGCAGCCCCAAAAAGCGUGCAGCAUGCGUUUGAUAUGCUGUAUUCUAAUCUGGCCGAUACUAGUUUAUUUAACUUGCUAAUCUGUAUGCCAACCAGUCACGAUCAUAAAGCGUUGAUUCUCUGCGCGCUCGUACAAAACCUAUGUGAAGCUUAAAAAAUCAUCUCUUGUUUUGUACAUGACUGAUCUAAGUAACACCUCUAGUUUCCUUUUACAGGCAUAAUACUCUCAUCGAAAGCAUUACUUUUAUCUCUUGACCUCUGAAUUGGGACUAUGCUUCUAUCAAUGUUAGUUAAGCAAAAGAUAAGUUAUUGAAUGGAAUGUAAUUGAUUGUUGUUUUUUUUUUCUAAUUAGAGAAAGGAAAUGUGUACUUAAGAAAAGGGAUUGACUUAGAUUUUCUUUAAGUGUAGGUUUGUAUUGAUGUUUUAUGUAUGGAUUAGUUUGUCAUUAAUGUGUAAGGGUAAUAACAUUUUAGAAAAUAUCGAGCCCUAACCGCCUAAAAAAUGUAAGCGAAUUUUUUUUUUUUAACUUUUCGAUGCAGAAAUGCUACUAGAACAUCUAUAUAUGUAGAUGCUUGUCUGCAUCAAAAAGAAAAUUGUGAAAAAAGUUCACAUACGUUUUUUUGGCUGUAGGGUCUUGAUAUAUUUUUGAAAGGACUCACAAUGUGUCGAUAAAUCUUAUUGUCAUGAUAGAAAAAAAUGCUAACUGCUGCGACAAAGUUUAUGACAAUUUGGCUUGUGGUAAUACUUGGUGAAAUCUUUAAUUAUUUUAGUUUACAAAAACUUUUGCAUACAUAUGUACUUAUGUAUGUUUUUAAUAUAGUAUCUUUUAUUUAGCUAUUUCAUGGGACUUUGCGUUUGCCUCUUAUUUUAUUACAGUACAUAUACAUAUACAUAUAUGUUUUUAAUUUCACACAAAUUGGCUGAGAGUACCACACACACUUAGCAAGUAAAUAUUUAGUUAUUUAAGCAGAUAAAAAUCAUAUAUUGUAUAAUGAAAAAAUAAAUGCGUAUGCUUAUAGCUGUUAGGUUUAUAAUUGUAAAACCAUAAUAUAAAAAAAAAAUUAAGUAAAAAAAAAAUGUGCUAGAUGAAAAUAUAAUCGCUUAACUACCUACCUACAAAAACGUCUGUAUAAAAGUACAGAAAGUUAAAUUCAUAAUCUCUGUAGCAUAAGCUCGUGCGUAUAUAAUCAAAUUGUUCGAUUUAAUUGUGCGUGUUAUAAUUUAUUAAAAAA